AUGUCUGAGUAUAUCAGCGAGGUCUGCACCGAGUGCGCCAGGGUGCUGAGCACUGUCCCGCCCUCUGUGUUUUUGCUGUCACUUGCUGCCUGUGCCAUUGGGCUGGCCGUUCUCGUGUACGUUCUCCUCUUUGCGGUUGCAUUCAGACCUCGACAACCAUUCCCCGAGGAGAAAACCUAUCGCACCCUCGCGGAAGAUGGCAAGCCUACUCGACCGCAACAACUGCCCUGCUGGCAGGAUACCUGGCAACAACCAUCGAGCAGCAAGCAUGGCGUGGCCACCAUCGAGAAACCCGAGCUGUUUAUGUCUGUCGUCGUCCCCGCGUACAAUGAGGAGGAACGCUUGGUCGUCAUGCUGGAGGAGACGGUCGACUAUUUAGAACAUGCGUAUGGCACCAUGGCCGAUCAGACGGAGGAACAGGAACAUGGAAAAACGAAGAAGAAAAACAAGAAGACGAAGGAUAAUGACAACGACAAUGAUAUUCGCCAACGCAACCACGCGUCUAAUGGAUCUAUCAAUAAAAGUAAUGACAUAAGCGGCCCCUCGAAGGGCUGGGAGAUUCUGAUUGUUUCAGACGGCUCUACCGACAGAACGGAAGAAAUAGCAUUUGACUUUGCACGCGAUCAUCAGUUGUCUCUACGCCCUGAAUCCCAUACGAAUGACAAAAUCCAUAUUCCGCCUGGUAGCAUCCGGAUUGUCACCCUAACUCAGAAUAGAGGCAAAGGCGGAGCAGUCACACACGGAAUGCGCCACGCGAGGGGCCAGUAUGUCGUUUUCGCGGACGCUGAUGGGGCCAGCAAAUUCACAGAUCUUGGAAAGUUGGUGACGGCUUGCCAACAGGUGGAGGAUUCUGAGGGGCGAGCGGUUGCUGUUGGCUCGCGGGCGCACAUGGUUGGAAGCGAAGCUGUAGUGAAGCGCUCCAAACUCCGCAACUUCCUGAUGCAUUCUUUCCACUUGAUCCUCUGGCUCUUGACGCCGCCAGCCACGGCCAAGGUGAAAGAUACUCAAUGCGGCUUCAAGCUGUUUUCGCGCGCCUCGCUGCCAUACAUCGUCCCCUACAUGCACUCCGAAGGCUGGAUCUUCGAUGUCGAGAUGCUCAUGUUGGCGGAAUUCGCGGGCAUCCCCGUUGCCGAGGUGCCCGUGGGCUGGCGCGAAGUAAAAGGCAGCAAGUUAAAUGUCAUCUGGGACAGCAUUGGCAUGGCCUGGGGGUUAUUUAUACUGCGAGCGUGCUGGGGGGUGGGCGUUUACCGGAGGACGUGA